ACAAAAAUCCCUCAUUUUGUAAGUCUUUUUUUCGUAUCCGGAAUUCCUUUAUUGGGUUUUUAGACAUCCUUAUCGAGCCGGAGAUCUGUAAGUUACAACCCGAUUUUUGGCGAGUAAUCGCGUUCAAAAUCAAAUUUGAGGAAAAUAUUGGUUUGGGUUCCUGGUUGUUGUUUGAUUCUUUCUUUUUUCCGAAGGUUUUCCUUUGUUUUGAGCUAAUCAAUUACGCCCAUGGGUUUAUUUCAGAUCGUAGUCCACAAUGUAUUUUCGAGUUUUUGAUUUACUCUGAAACUUCUUGGCUUAUUUAAAACUUUUUUUUUUUUUUUUGGAGGGGGGAUUCUUUUGCUUCUAUCAAUUUUCUCAAAGAUGGUUUUCUGGGAAGGUUAUUUGAGUGAUGAAGCGAUGGGCACCUUCGCACCGAUCGUAGUUUAUUGGGUGUACGCUGGAAUUUAUCAGCUAUUACCACCUUUGGACCAUUACCGUUUGCAUACCAGAAGAGAGGAAGAAGAGAAGAACUCGGUGCCCUUACCAAAAGUAAUUAAGGGUGUUUUGCUGCAACAACUCGUUCAGGCCACCGUCGCCCACACACUCUUCUUGUUGACCUCAAAGCCGAGUUCGUCUGGGAUAACUGUUCAGCCUUCACUUCUUGUUCAACUUGUGCAGAUCUUUGUUGCAAUGCUGGUCAUGGAUGCAUGGCAAUACUUUGUGCAUCGAUACAUGCACUAUAACAAGUUUCUCUACCGCACUGUUCACUCGCAACAUCAUAGGUUGGUUGUCCCUUAUGCAAUUGGAGCCCUUUAUAACCAUCCGCUUGAAGGUCUCCUGCUUGACACUUUUGGAGGAGCCAUCUCCUUCCUGGUAUCGGGAAUGACCGCACGGACUGCUGUGAUCUUCUUCUGCUUUGCUGUUAUCAAAACUGUUGAUGAUCACUGUGGACUCUGGCUACCUGGAAACAUCUUCCAUCUUGUCUUUCAGAAUAACACUGCUUACCACGACAUUCACCAUCAACUUCAAGGUUUGAAAUAUAAUUAUUCUCAGCCAUUCUUUCCAAUUUGGGAUAAAAUUCUUGGUACCCACAUGCCUUACAAUCUAAUAAGGCGACCGGAAGGAGGUUUUGAAGCAAGGGCAGUGAAAGACUAGUGCAGAUCAUUGACCAAUGUAACAUUUCAGGAACUGCGGUGGGAGCUGGUAAACCUCCUCUGCUUGACCCAAUUCCAGAAACAAAAAAGCUGAACCAUGAUAAGAGGUAGUGUAAGUUUCAACUGUUAUGCGGCUUAGAGUUUUGGUAGGAGGUGGGAUUGGUAAUUGGAAUUCGAUUAGUUCAUUCCUUUGCAUAAGACACUAUCUUCUUGUGAAGUGUGUAUGAGAGAGCUUCACCAGGCAACCCAUGGAGGUGUACCUUUGAGCUGUUUUGUGUAGUAUAUUGUUUAUGUUGCAGAUCUUCAUGUAGUGGUUGAUGUAUUUAACGUUGGAUUUCUAUUUAUUGUGUCA